GCCGCGGCCCCUUUAAGAGCAGGCCACGCCCCUCCCCUCCUCCCGGCGCGGCCGGCGGUCGGUGGCGGCCGCUACGGUGCUGACAAGAUGGCGGCUGGCGGGGCUGUCGCUGCGGCGCCCGAGUGCCGGCUUCUGCCCUACGCGCUACACAAGUGGAGCUCCUUCUCCUCUACUUACCUUCCCGAGAACAUUUUAGUGGAUAAACCAAAUGACCAAUCUUCAAGGUGGUCCUCAGAGAGCAACUAUCCUCCCCAGUACUUGAUUCUGAAACUUGAAAGGCCUGCUAUAGUCCAGAACAUCACAUUUGGAAAAUAUGAGAAAACUCAUGUCUGCAAUUUGAAGAAAUUUAAAGUCUUCGGUGGAAUGAAUGAAGAAAAUAUGACAGAGUUGUUGUCCAGUGGCUUAAAGAAUGAUUAUAACAAAGAAACAUUCACCUUGAAGCAUAAAAUUGAUGAACAGAUGUUCCCUUGUCGUUUCAUUAAAAUAGUUCCACUCUUAUCCUGGGGACCCAGCUUUAACUUUAGCAUCUGGUAUGUUGAACUUAGUGGCAUUGAUGAUCCUGAUGUAGUACAGCCCUGUCUCAACUGGUAUAGCAAGUACCGUGAACAGGAAGCCAUUCGCCUUUGCCUAAAACACUUUAGACAACACAACUAUACAGAGGCCUUUGAAUCGCUGCAAAAAAAAACCAGGAUUGCCCUGGAACAUCCCAUGUUAACAGAUCUACAUGAUAAACUGGUGUUGAAGGGUGAUUUUGAUGCUUGUGAAGAAUUGAUUGAAAAAGCUGUAAAUGAUGGUUUAUUCAAUCAGUAUAUCAGUCAACAAGAAUAUAAGCCACGAUGGAGUCAAAUCAUUCCCAAAAGCACCAAGGGUGAUGGAGAAGAUAACCGACCAGGAAUGAGAGGGGGCCAUCAGAUGGUUAUUGAUGUUCAAACAGAGACCGUUUAUUUGUUUGGUGGCUGGGAUGGAACUCAAGAUCUUGCUGACUUCUGGGCGUACAGUGUGAAGGAGAACCAGUGGACAUGUAUCUCUAGAGACACUGAGAAAGAGAAUGGUCCUAGCGCCAGAUCAUGUCAUAAGAUGUGCAUUGACAUUCAGCGAAGGCAAAUCUACACAUUGGGGCGUUAUUUGGAUUCCUCUGUGAGGAACAGCAAAUCUCUGAAAAGUGACUUCUAUCGUUAUGACAUUGACACAAACACAUGGAUGUUACUCAGUGAGGAUACUGCUGCUGACGGAGGGCCAAAAUUGGUGUUUGAUCAUCAGAUGUGUAUGGAUUCAGAAAAACAUAUGAUCUACACCUUUGGUGGUAGAAUUUUGACAUGUAAUGGCAGCGUAGACGACAGCAGAGCCAGUGAACCACAGUUCAGUGGGUUGUUUGCUUUCAACUGUCAAUGUCAAACUUGGAAACUUCUUCGAGAGGACUCCUGUAAUGCUGGGCCUGAGGACAUCCAGUCUCGGAUAGGACACUGCAUGCUAUUCCACUCAAAAAAUCGUUGCUUAUAUGUAUUUGGUGGCCAGCGAUCGAAGACCUAUUUGAAUGAUUUCUUUAGUUAUGAUGUGGACUCUGAUCAUGUAGACAUAAUAUCAGAUGGCACCAAGAAAGACUCUGGAAUGGUUCCAAUGACAGGAUUCACACAGAGAGCAACCAUUGAUCCCGAACUGAAUGAAAUACAUGUCUUAUCUGGACUCAGCAAAGACAAGGAGAAGAGGGAGGAGAAUGUCAGAAAUUCAUUCUGGAUUUAUGACAUUGUGAGGAAUAGUUGGUCUUGCGUCUAUAAGAACGAUCAAGCUGCAAAAGAUAAUCCAAGUAAAAGUCUUCAGGAGGAAGAGCCAUGUCCAAGAUUUGCCCAUCAGCUUGUAUAUGAUGAGUUACAUAAGGUUCACUAUUUAUUUGGUGGGAAUCCAGGAAAAUCUUGCUCCCCAAAGAUGAGAUUAGAUGACUUCUGGUCACUGAAGUUAUGUAGGCCUUCAAAAGAUUACUUACUGAGGCACUGCAAGUACCUGAUAAGAAAACACAGGUUUGAAGAAAAGGCCCAAAUGGAUCCCCUUAGUGCUCUGAAAUAUUUGCAAAACGAUCUUUAUAUAACUGUGGAUCAUUCAGACCCAGAAGAGACAAAAGAGUUUCAGCUCCUAGCUUCUGCUCUAUUCAAAUCUGGUUCAGAUUUUACAGCUCUAGGCUUUUCCGAUGUGGAUCACACCUAUGCUCAAAGAACUCAGCUCUUUGACACCUUAGUAAAUUUCUUUCCUGACAGCAUGACUCCUCCCAAAGGCAACCUGGUAGACCUCAUCACGCUGUAACUGAAGAGUCACUGGACAGAAAUGGAGAACGUCUGAUUUCAGUAUUUUGGAGUCCAACUCCGUUGACCGACAAUUAGGCUGCAGCGAUUGAGGACUGCACCAGAAUUUUGAAGGGAUCUUUACUGUCACAAGUUUUAACCCUCUUCCUUCAUACCUGACCUCAGCCCCUUUCUCCUCAUCCCAUUCCUGAAUUAGGCUAAUAAAGUGAAAUUGGUAUACUUUCCAUUUAAA